AUGGUUACUAUUGCACUUGGUGUGAGUAAUCUGACACAGCACCAUACAGCAGACAAUAUAAGCAAUGAUUUGCACACUAUGUUGAAUAACUGGAAAAUUUUAAAAGAAAACAUUGUUUCAAUUACGACUGAUAACGGUGCAAAUAUUAUUGCUGCUGUAAAGAAAAUUAUGUCACAGACUUCUAAUCAUUUCCAUGUCAGUUGUUUUGCGCACAAUAUAAACUUAGUGGUAACGAAGGCAUUAGGAAGUUGUCGAGAUGUUGUCACAAUAAUUGAAAAAGUAAAGACAAUUGUUGCUUAUUUUAAGCACAGUAAUGUUGCACAAGAUCAGUUAAGAUAUGAACAGAAAAAUGAAGGAAAAAAGGAUGGAACAUAUCUGUAUUUAAUACAAGAGGUUCCCACUAGAUGGAACUCCACGUUUUAUUGCUUACAAAGGUUUAAAUACCUAUCGGGUCAUGUUGGUAAAAUUUUACUGUCGUCUGAACACCAAAAAGCUCCACCAAUGUUGACUGCUAAUGAGCUGGCAAUUAUUGAUGAGUGUUUGAAGUUACUUGGGCCAUUUGAGGAUGCAACUAAAAAUAUAUCAGGCGAAAAAUAUGUCUCAGGAAGCUUGGUGAUACCCAUGACCAACUGUAUUAAAACCUCCUUACAUAGAAUCAACGUCAGUAAUCCCUUUGCUAAAAACUUAAAAAAAGAACUUGAGGCACAAAUAGAAAAAAAACUUGAUCCUUUAGAAACAAAUAUUCUUUUGUCAAUAGCCACAAUUGUAGAUCCCAGAUUUAAGCGUCUUCAUUUUUCAUCAGCAAGAAAUGUUGCCAAUGCCAUUACAAUAAUAAAAAACGAAGUUAAAAAAGAACAUCAGAAUCAAGGAUCGCUCACUCCACCAGUACAUCCAAAUAUUAUAGAUGAUGUAGAUGGAUGCAUUUGGAAUAUCCAUGAUGAGAUAGCCUCAAGGCACUUACCUGAUUCAGAUGGUUGUGAUGGAUUACCCGCAGAGUUAAAAUUAUAUUUGAAUCAACCGAUUCAACCAAGAACUCGACAUCCAAUACAGUAUUGGAAAGAAAAUAAGAAUGCAUUUCCAGGAACGUACAAAGUUGCCAUGAAAUACCUCACUGUCUUGGGAGCUUCAGUUCCAGCAGAACGCCUGGUAUCUACACUUAAUAAUGUUUGUUCUGAUAAAAGAAGUCGUUUGACACCACAGCACAUCAAUGAGUUCGAACCGAACAUCCCUACCUCAGAAAACGUCGCCUUCACAAACAGCUGCAACAGGCUAACCACAUGUAGCGAUGACGACAUGGGAACCAACCAAUUAAACGAAAUUAAACCCUAUAAAACAGCGAAAUAA